CGGUGUCUGAAGAGACUCGGCGCGUGCUGCCAACGCUGGCCUCCCGGCUUGGAAGCUGCUAGAAGACCAGACGCUGUCCGCUUUCCCUUGGUGGUCCACCCACACCUAGUCCCGCCUGGAGAUGGCAGACGAUCUUGGAGACGAGUGGUGGGAGAACCAGCCUGCAGGAGCAGCCAGCAGCCCAGAGGCAUCAGAUGGUGAAGGAAGAGGAGACACAGAAAUGAUGCAGCAGGAGACAGCUCCAGUUCCUGCCCUGUCAAAGAAAACCAAACAGCCUAAAGAAUGUUUCUUAGUACAACAAAAGGAAACAAAAGAAGAUGCCACCAAGACAAGGAAGAGAAGAAAGAAGAAGAUUACUGAUGUUCUUGCAAAAUCGGAGCCAAAACCAGGGACUCCUGAAGACCUACAGAAGCUGAUGAAGGACUAUUACAGCAGCAAUCGCUCAGUGAUUGAGUUAGAGGAACUAAACCUACCAGACUCCUGUUUCCUCAAGGCCAAUGAUUUGACUCAUAGUCUUUCAUCAUACCUAAAAGAAAUCUGCCCUAAGUGGGUAAAACUUCGGAAAAAUCAUAAUGAGAAGAAAUCGGUCCUGAUGCUGAUCAUCUGCAGCUCUGCCCUCCGGGCCCUGGAGCUUAUUAGGUCGAUGACAGCAUUCAGAGGAGACAGCAAAGUUAUGAAAUUAUUUGCAAAACACAUAAAGGUCCAGGAGCAGGUAAAGUUGCUGGAGAAGCGUGUUGUGCACCUGGGUGUAGGAACUCCAGGAAGGAUUAAAGAACUCAUUAAACAAGGUGGCCUUAAUUUGAACCCCUUAAAAUUUCUGGUUUUUGACUGGAACUGGAGAGAUCAGAAGUUGAGGAGGAUGAUGGACAUUCCCGAGAUAAGAAAGGAGGUUUUUGAACUUCUGGAAAUGGGAGUCCUCAGUCUGUGCAAGUCAGAAUCUUUGAAGCUGGGCCUUUUCUAAGUCUGGGUCCUAUGAAAAUUCCAGUUUUUAUGGGAUUUGCAUCUCGUUUAAUAGCUCUGGAAUAUUGCAAGCACUCAGUAAAUAUCAGCUAUUGUUUUAUUAUGUUAACUGCAUCACCAGAUGAAUCACUAGAAAUUUUUGAUGGAGAUUCUUUGACAAAACUGAAGCUGUCCUUUGCCAACCUCUCUGUAUAAUAAAGUAUCACCAGCUUG